CGCAACACAGCAAGCUCGCGAUAAAGUUCCACAACUCUGCCUUUGCUCCAGCUCGCAUCGCAUCAAUCAUUCCUUCAUUCAGCAUGAGCAACCCUCUCGACCUGCCCGAGAUUCUCGGAUUGAUCGCUAGCUACCUCAGCAUUAAGGACAUUCGUACUUGCGUGCGAGUGCAAAAGUCAUGGAGGUCCACCUUCGAGCCCCUUCUAUGGCAUACCUUCAUCUAUCCGUCCUCCACAAAACAAAAGCCAAAGCUCGUCCUGGUAAGACAGAAUGCCGAGCAUAUUCGCAGCUUGGUCAUCGAUAGAACGGAGCCAACGUAUCUCGCGACAGUCUUCCGCUCGUGCCGCCAGCUGGAGGAGAUCAUCGUACGGUGCCAUUUUUCAGAGCUUGGUAGACCAUCUGCCGCCAAGGAUACCAUGUGGUCCUGUUUCCAGGAAAUGGUCCGAGAGAACCGUAACCUGCGAGCGAUUGUACUCGAACGCACUUCUGACUUUGGGUAUCGGCCCUUGCCACGACACAGGCUUUUGCAAGCCCUUCAAGCCUGUUCCAAGCUUGAGGUUCUACAGACUGCAGAGUGUCAGUUCAACAGCAACUUGUCGCAGAGUUACUUCCAGGCCAUCUCGCCCAACGUGAAGCGACUUUCUUCCGUUCUUGACUCUUUUCAAGGCUUCAAAGUGCCAAGAAACCUUGUCUUUCCAAACGUUCGACACCUCGAUCUUAGAAAUGCCAAGAUGCCAUCCCGCACUCAACUCUUUUGGAUCGGCUGCUUUCCUAACCUAGAGUCGCUCACCUGGGAGCUAGAUCGUUCGGUUCCGACCACGCGAUUCUGUCAGCUCCUAUCCGGGUGUUCUCAGCUGAAGGCUCUUGGUCUGGUGAUCCCUAAUGGCGCCGAUGCUAUGACGGAGGCCCUCGCGGUGGCCCCACCUCUCGAGAGACUGUUACUGGGAGGAUCCGGCUUCAAGUUUCCGUCGUUUCAAACUCUUAAACGCCACGCCUUGACGGUCAAGGAAAUUGAUCUGCAGUACCUAUGGAAUGUCACCAGUGCUUUGGUUCAAGAGAUCCUAUGCUUAUGCCCAAACCUGGAAAGCAUCACCGCCGAGGACUUGAACUAUCGCGACAUUGUCAAGGGACCGUGGGCGUGUCGUAAUCUGCGCAAAUUCGAUGUGGGAAUCAGUGUCGAUCGUGGCUCUAUGAAUGCCGAGCAGCUCCAUACACUAAACCAAUAUGUGUACAGACGUUUGGCCGAGUUGAAAAACCUGCAGUGCCUCUCGAUCUGUAACAACGGUUGCGGUUGGGAGGGCAGUGUAUAUUCAUUGAACAGAAUGAUGAAAGUGUCGUCCAAUGCAGGAUUUGAACAGCUCCAGGCGCUGAAGGACCUCAGGCUCUUUAGCUGCAAGCUUGCGUUCGACGAGACGCUUAUCAUAGACGAGGGGGAGCAAUUGGUUCAGUGGAUGAUCAAUCAUUGGAAGCGCCUCGAGGUCGUGGAAAUAACGCUUAAGGUCUCGAAUCACGAUUAUGCGAAUCUGAACCCCAUGAGAAGGAAGCUGCGCAGGAUGCUAAGAGCCCGAGAUAUCCAGGUCAUUGAUUCGAAAAAGUCGGCCGAGUAUACCUGUGAUUUUGCAGGUGAUUUUGAGGACGAUAAUAUCGAGGUUCGCAUGUGAGUUUCAUAUGUCCCUGAACGUGUGAUGUGAGUUGCACAUUGCAGUCAAAUGAGGGAUGCUGUGUCCCAGGAUCGUAUCCAGCAACUCUUUAGCUACCAAAGUUACAAAGGAAUUUUCGAAUAUACUUGGCAAAUUGACA